CCGUCUGAGACAACCUGCUGACACACCAGUGCAGCGCAGAGAGGAAAAAAUUCAGGACAGUGAAUGUUGCAGCACUAGAGGGCGCCUGGGCUCAGUGUGUGACCUCUGACCUGCACUCACAUCUGAGGACCAAUUUCAGAAAUGGCAAACACAGCAGGAGGAGUGCUUUUAGCUUUACUGUUGUUGCUGAACUCCAGUGUGCCAUGUUUGUCUGUGUAUAACAGUGGAGAGUGCUUCUUCAACACGAAAGGGAGCUGUGAACACAAGGGGCAGAUGUACGGGAUAGGAGAGAGCUGGAUAACCAGUGACUGUUACCAGUGUGUCUGCAUGGAGCCUUUUGGAGUCGGGUGCUGUGAUCAAGAAUCUAAACCUGUGGACUAUCCGGACUGGUGCGAGAUCAUCCGUAAACCAGACUCCUGCACGAGUGUCGCGGUGAUGAGAGUCAAUCAUAAACUACCCUGCCUCUGGGGACGAGGUCGUCUCAGACCAGCUGCAGGCCAGCCGUGGAUUUCUGACAAUGAUCCUUUAUUUUGAGUUUAGCAGUUAAUGAAAUUAUAGCAAUAUAACAAUAUGUGAUGUUAAAUUUGUGAUUCAGACACCAGGUUUAUUCUAUCAUGAGAGACUAAGCUGUAGUGAAUUUUAUAACUAAAUCUCCAAGUAGCAGAGGAAUUAUCUGUCCGUUCUGUUUAUAUGUACGAUUUCACAGUUUAAAGUUGUGCUGUCAGUGUGUGCUGUUGAGGACUCUGUCUGA